UUUUUUUUUUUUUUUAAAUUGCAAUACCGUCUGGAUUCGCCCGUUUGUAGAAUCUUAAAAGGAAAAUGUAUUAACAAUCUUUCCCCUCGUAAACGUGUUUCUUAACAAAAGCGUUGACAUUUUUAAAAAAAACAAAAAAAUCAUUGAAUUAAAGACGUGUAAUGCAGUUUGUAUUCAGUUUUCACAUUUAAAAGGAAUCAUUUGAAAGUAAAUUUGUUUAAAUUUUUAUUUAAAAACUUUUCAACAACUAAUGCAAACAUUUGUUUGAAUAUUUAGAAUUCAGUUCCUGUUCAGGAGCCUAAUCCAAGUCGAGAUGGAAUUCAAGAAAACGUUCGGAAUUUCCAUGUUAAUGGCGUUCUUCAUUUUAACACGUAAGAAAGAAUUUCAAUUUUUCGUAUUCUGCCAGUAUCAUUUACUGAAAGUCGUAUCCACUUAUUGAACAAAAUAAUACAUAUUUUAUUUUUGAUGUUUAAAUCCACAAUGACCCGAGCUUUUUCGCAUUGUCCUAUGUCGUUUCUUUGUUUCUCCGACCAGAGAAUGAUUUCUGCGUGACGCCAGCAAGCUCUGCCGGUAAGUGGACUAUUUAAAAACUGAUCUCUCGUCUCUUUAAAUUGUUCCAUUCGUUUAUUAUGCCAGGUUUUGCUUAGGAAUGUAAAUCCACAAAAAAGACCCGUCUUUAAGAAAUUUUACACCCUCCUCCUCAUCCCCAUCCUCCUCCUCAUCCUCCUCCUCCUCCUCAUCCUCCUCCUCAUCCUCCUCCUCAUCCUCCUCCUCCUCCUCAUCCUCAUCCUCAUCCUCAUCCUCCUCCUCAUCCUCCUCCUCAUCCUCCUCCUCCUCCUCAUCCUCCUCCUCAUCCUCCUCCUCCUCCUCCUCCUCCUCCUCAUCCUCCUCCUCCUCCUCAUCCUCCUCCUCCUCCUCAUCCUCCUCCUCAUCCUCCUCCUCAUCCUCCUCCUCCUCCUCAUCCUCCUCCUCAUCCUCAUCCUCCUCCUCAUCCUCCUCCUCAUCCUCCUCCUCAUCCUCAUCCUCCUCCUCAUCCUCAUCCUCCUCCUCAUCCUCCUCCUCAUCCUCAUCCUCCUCCUCAUCCUCCUCCUCAUCCUCAUCCUCCUCCUCAUCCUCCUCCUCAUCCUCCUCCUCAUCCUCCUCCUCAUACUCAUCCUCCUCCUCAUCCUCCUCCUCAUCCUCAUCCUGAUGUCCCUUAGUCUUUGGACCGUUGGGGCGCCACAGAUGACAUGUGAACCAUCCUUCUCCAUUCCUCUCUGUCUUCAGCACUACGCUCCAUGUUUUAUGGAAUAAGUUAUAGUCGGAUGAUGUUCUGAAUGCACACACACACACAAAAUAUAUAUUUCUUUAGAUCAGCUGAACGUGUUUAAACACGAAGAGGUUCUCAAAAGUUUGAUACUGUUAUUAACGAUACAAAUACGAACAUCACAAAUCUUUCUGUUGCACGCAAGCCUCAAAGCACUGCUCGUUACAAUUUGAGAUUUAAGUUUAAAGUUGUCUAUUGUUGGUUCACGCAGUUAAGUAAAAAUAAACAACUGGCCAAGUUUACAGUAAAUCUCCUGUUACAGUUGAGCACAUGAAGUGAGGAGGGCUCCCCAGAUCCCGCCCAACAUUCCACCCCAUUUCGUCCAGCAGCCAUAGGCAUCUUCGAUUUCUCCCCUACUCCCGGAUAAAAAUGACUAUUUUAGCGCUGACAGAUACUCUGCCUAGUGACGUAUGUAGUACACUGACUAUUGGCGUAUGUAGUACACUGCCUAGUGGCGUUUGUAGUACGCUGCCUAGUGGCGUAUGUAGCACACUGCCUAGUGGCUUAUGUAGUACACUGCCUAGUUUCGUUAAGUAGUAAACUAACUAUUAGCGUAUGUAGUACACUGCCCAAUGGCAUAUGUGGUACACUGCCUAGUGGCGUUUGUAGUACACUGCCCAAUGGCAUAUGUGGUACACUGCCUAGUGGCGUUUGUAGUACACUGCCCAAUGGCAUAUGUGGUACACUGCCUAGUGGCGUUUGUAGUACACUGCCCAAUGGCAUAUGUGGUACACUGCCUAGUGGCGUUUGUAGUACACUGCCCAAUGGCAUAUGUGGUACACUGCCUAGUGGCGUUUGUAGUACACUGCCCAAUGGCGUAUGUGGUACACUGCCUAGUGGCGUUUGUAGUACACUGCCCAAUGGCAUAUGUGGUACACUGCCUAGUGGCGUUUGUAGUACACUGCCCAAUGGCAUAUGUGGUACACUGCCUAGUGGCGUUUGUAGUACACUGCCCAGUGGCGUAUGUGGUACACUGCCUAGUGGCGUUUGUAGUACACUGCCCAGUGGCGUAUGUGGUACACUGCCUAGUGGCGUUUGUAGUACACUGCCCAAUGGCAUAUGUGGUACACUGCCUAGUGGCGUUUGUAGUACACUGCCCAAUGGCAUAUGUGGUACACUACCUAGUGGCGUUUGUAGUACACUGCCCAAUGGCAUAUGUGGUACACUACCUAGUGGCGUUUGUAGUACACUGCCCAAUGGCAUAUGUGGUACACUACAGCCCAGGUCAGACCAAAUGUCUAUCCGUGCUACCUUUAAAAUUCAAACUGCAGAUUCCGAAAAUGCUAUCUUUCCAUAUUAAAAAAAACUGUGACACCUGGGUGGACAACCCCACCCCACCCUCAUUUAUUAAUACGCCACUGUUAUUGCCCUCCCAAAAUUUGAAAUACCCCCAGCCCCCCACCCUUUCGGGGGAAAUGGUCUGAAAGAAAUACUGCAUGACUUGACCCCGAUUUACAAAAUGUAGCUGGAUUGAAUCUCAUCAUGAACCACUUUCAGCAAUGGCAUUGAGAACGGCUACAAAUACUGACGCCCAAAUAAGGAUAGAUGUUCCACAUGUAUUCUUUGUUUAUUUACCCUAUUCCUGUGUCAAAGAAAAACAAAGCUUAUUUUUAUGCGGAAUUACCAAAAUGGAGGCUCAGCAGAAGAUAAAUGAAGAUCCAAUGGUCCCACGAGAGAAGUGUGCGCAGCUGAUGUUCGCUCUCAAAGGAUUCUAACGAAUGAAUGGGAACUGUAUUAAGCUCAGAAAUGUCAAAAUAAUGUCAUCAUAGAUUAAAUAAAAGUGCAGUCUUAGAAAAGUUGCUCGCAAGAGAAUUCUAAUGGUCUAUAUUAAUAGAUAUUACUAGGGCGUAACCGGGUACAGUGUCUUACAGCCGGUGCGUCCAUGUGUUAAAAAAAGGAGUAAACUUCUUAUGUUUCUAUCAACAAUAGGCCUGCAGACAGUCCUGCAUCCUACCUGCAGGGAUUUAGAUAGCCGGCCCAUGUACAGUCCCACGUCCUGACGGCCGGCUUUUAAAGAGUGGUCCGACAGAUCUUUGACAUUUGAUAUGAGUCACAUCUGCGAAAAUUCAACACUUUUACACAAGUUCAACCGUCACGCAUUACACUCUUUGCUUGACAGAUUUUUUUUCUCACUUAGAACUAUUGAGUAAAGGUGGGGAGGGGUUGGUUGCGAAAAGGAAGCAGCCACACCAGUGGCAAAAGAUAUGAAAGAGAUGAAAUAUUUUUAUUUAAAAAAGUGUAUACUUCCGUCGCUGUAGACUACUAGCGAAACUAUCAAAGUUUUAUGGGAAAUUUUCUGUGAACGAGACCAAAGCGUAAGUUGUGUAAUUAUUUCAAAGUCACGUUAUCUGAGAUACAGACUUUAAAGGCAAUGAAUGGAAUCAGAAAUAUUAUGAAAAACAAACAACAGCAACAAAACUAAGCACAGUGAAACAAUGCAUACAAAUGUGAUUCUAUGAACAAGGAAACAUUUAACGCAUAUGUAAUUAUAACUACACAUAUGACUGAAAAUUAAAAAAAGUGUCUUUUUUUAAUCCUUUAGAUGUUGUUUAAGUUCUUUCCUAUUGCAGUUGCGGUGCUUAAAAGUUUCACGGUAAACGGCCAAAGUACAACAGUCACCGUUGGAGACAGGGCUAGCCUCACAUUUCAAUGUGCAAAACUGGACAAUGUUGGCGAACCAAUCUUGACUGUUAAGGCGACCAAAUUGGGUGAGUGGAAAGAUGAACGUGCAAGACUUACUAGACUUCUUUUUAGUUAGUUAUACGACGUUAACAACAUGCAAUUUAAGAUGCUUCUUGAUGAAAAGAUAAAAUUAUAAUGGAAGCGUAUUUUUCUUCUACGCUUUCCAUUCUCCGCAUUCGAUGAUUAUUAAUACUGUAGAGAGUUCAGUCUCAGUCCAGGUGGACAGGGUGAGGGGCAAAACCCACGGCAGAGUUCAGUCCAGGUGUUUGGCGGGUAGCAGAUAAAUUAAGACGUGGAAUACAAUGGAUGUCAACGGAGCGGGGUAAACCCACAGUCGAAGACUGACCAAAUAAAUUAAGGCGAGGAAUGCAGCGGGCAGGGAUGAGGGGCAAAAACCCACGGCAGAGUUCAGUCCAGGUGUUUGGCGCGUAGCAGAUAAAUCAAGACUUAAGAAGUAGGGGGAGUAAUCUCUAGAGACGCCUCGGUUGGCUGGUGGACCUAUAAGAGGGGACGGUUAGAUUGGAGAGGGAAGGCGGCCGGACAGAGAGCGGACAGGGGGAGAGAGCUCGACGGUAGAGGAAGAGGGCAGUCAGAGUUGCGAGAUGAGAGAAAGUAUGAGCGAAGUGUCAACUCAAUAAAAAACAAGUCUAUAAUCAUUAUCGCCUGAGUUGUCUCCUUAGUGAAUGCCAGAUAGAUGAAGGUUAGCAGAGAGUAGGCAAAGUUUCUUUACAAUACCAUAUACCACUGUUAGCGCUACGUGUGGGAAUGCUUUCAAGUCACCUAAAACAAUUUAAACAAAAAAAGCUUUAAAAAGGACUUUCUAUCAAAGACGAGUGAAAACACAAUAAAAUGAGAAAAUCAUUUACAAUUCCUUAAAAUGCCUUACGCAAAGAAACACUGUGCAGAAGUGUAGAUGACACGCUGUGAAGCCAAAAACAGACUGUGCAGAAGUGUAGAUGAGCCAUCUAUGAAGCCAAAGACAGACUGUGCAGGAGUGUAGAUGAGCACUCUAUGACGCCAAAGACAGACUGUACAGAAGUGUAGAUGAGCACUCCAUGACGACAAAGACUGACUGUGCUUAAGUGUAGAUGAGCACUCUAUGAAGCCAAAGAUAAACUCUGCAGAAGUAUAGAUGAGCACUAUAUGAAGCCAAAGACAGACUGUACAUAAAUGUAGAUGAGCACUCCAUGAAGAGAAAGGAUUCAAAUUGAAUGUAAGCGAAAUUUCAAAUUUGCUUUACUUAUAUUAAUUUUUUUAGUCUGCACAGAAUUUCUUUGUGGGACGCAUUUUAAGUAAUUUAAAUUAUUUGACACUCGUCUUUGCUAGUAAAUUUUAAUUUCUAAUUAUUUUUUUAAUAAUAAUUUCUAUUUUCUAAUGUUUCAUUGUAAGUUGUAAGUGUGAUGAUUUUGAGGCUGAUGACUUGACGCUGAUGACUUGAGGCUGAUGACUUGACGCUGAUGACUUGACGCUGAUGACUUGAGGCUGAUGACUUGACGCUGAUGACUUGACGCUGAUGACUUGAGGCUGAUGACUUGACGCUGAUGACUUGACGCUGAUGACUUGAGGCUGAUGACUUGACGCUGAUGACUUGACGCUGAUGACUUGAGGCUGAUGACUUGACGCUGAUGACUUGACGCUGAUGACUUGAGGCUGAUGACUUGACGCUGAUGACUUGAGGCUGAUGACUUGACGCUGAUGACUUGAGGCUGAUGACUUGACGCUGAUGACUUGACGCUGAUGACUUGACGCUGAUGACUUGAGGCUGAUGACUUGACGCUGAUGACUUGACGCUGAUGACUUGACGCUGAUGACUUGACGCUGAUGACUUGACGCUGAUGACUUGACGCUGAUGACUUGACGCUGAUGACUUGACGCUGAUGACUUGACGCUGAUGACUUGAGGCUGAUGACUUGACGCUGAUGACUUGACGCUGAUGACUUGACGCUGAUGACUUGAGGCUGAUGACUUGACGCUGAUGACUUGACGAUGAUGACUUGAGGCUGAUGACUUGACGCUGAUGAUUUGACGCUGAUGACUUGGUCAAAUUUCUUCCAUCGUAAAUCCGCCGCUGGAAAACCCUGUAAAAUAAUACCUUUCCCUCCUCUCAAUUUGCCCCGCAGUUGCAUACCCCCUUGGUUUUAUCGCAUUCCUAACCCAGUCCGCUCACCCCCAAAAGCGUGGAAUUUGUGUUUAACCCCUCUUACCGAUGAAUCUUGAGAAAAUAAUACCAUAUUCCCCCCCCCCACCCCCGCUUAUUUUUCCCUGGAGACAGCAAAGCGGAGUAUAGUCCCUUGUUAUUGCAUUUGUACACCAGAAAGCUCACACCGAAGUGUGAGUUUAGAUUUUCCUCCUCACCCCGACAAAACUUUGAGGGUAGACGGUCAAAGCCGCAACAUCGAAAGUGAUUGUCAUUGGAUGGGGAAAAAAACAUUUAGACCAGCCAAUUGAAUCAUCACCGAAUAAUCACUUAAUUCGAAUAAAUAGCCUGAACAAGCAAGAAUAUGUCUUUUAUGAUAUGAUCACUUGACCGUGGACGCUGGAAGGAUCUAGACUUAGUACUUCAUUAGCGUUAUCAUUAACUGUGACUGCUACCUAGAGUACUAGUAAGUACGCAACCAUGAUUCUGAUAUCAUUUUAUUUCACUUGUAUUGUUUAUAUGACUAUGGAGUAAUUAUUCGUUCGUGUUUGAUCUUAUUCCACUAUUGUCUGUAGUAUAUUAGUGACUAUCAAAAUACCCGCGCUUCGCAGCGGAAAGUCUUUUUCAAAGAAAAAAUGGUAAGAUAUUAUCAAUUAUCCGCAUAUUCUGGAGACAAUCCAAUGCAUUCUCUUGCGAAAAUCAAUCCUGUAGGGUCUGUCCUUGAGACCCCAAUCCCGGUAAGACCCCAAUUCUAAUGAGUCCUCAUUGCCAUUCUGAACCCGAUCCCGGCGCGAUCCCUUUUCGCUGAGUGAUCCCGUUCACGGUGGGAUACUAUUUUCUUCUGGCUCCGGAUCCAAGGAGAAUCAAGAUCCCGUUGGGAUCCCGAUCCCCUCGGUUUGUUGAUCCAAGUGGCCUACCGAUCCCGUUAGGGGACCGUUAUCAGUGAGAUCCUGUGUCAGCUAGGGACUCUAUUUUCCGAAGUUAUCACUUUUUCCGAUAGGAUCCUGAUCCAGUUUUGAUCCCAGUACCCGGAUGGGAUCGCGUAACCUAUGGGUCCCAUUAGGAUCCUGUUUCUCUAUAGGAUCAUGCUCAGUGCGAUUUUGUUCGAGUACGUUUUUAAAUCUAGUUAUAUAUAUAAUACAUUUAAAAUAAUAUAGGGGCCCCGGACGGUCAAUUUAAUUAAGUAACAUUUUAAUUACGUCUUAGAUGGGGGUCCUAUAAAAAUCAUUCCGAUAAAUUAUAGAAUUAACAUUUGUCUUAUUAAAAUUGGUUUAAAAUGCCAUAGAUAUAACUUUUUUAAACUAUCGAAGUUUCUACAAAAUUCUAGAUCGGCCCUAAAUGGAUUGGAUAUUAUUAGUUUUAAAUCCACCGAUAUUUUAAUACGUACAGAGAAGUGUAUUGCUACAAAGUUAGGCGUAGAUCCACCAAUUCACAUAGAACCUAUAGUGUUGUCUAGCCCUAUUCAUAAUUAUAUAACUUGUAUUAGGAAAAAUGAAAAUAGUCCCCCGGCCCCAGAGGGACUGAUAUUAUGAGUUCAGUAUAUCUCGGUAUUUGAAUAUGGAUAAUCAUGUGUAUGUGUGUUAAGUUUGGUCAAGAUCCAUCGAUCCAUGUAGGAGUGCUUGGGGGCCGAACGUCUAAACUGUCUCAAACUUAAGAGUUGGUGGUCUGGAGUUCAGACCCCACCGAAGCAAACAUCACAAGCACCCUGGGUGGAUUAAACUCUUUAGCUUUGGACUGCAACCCAUCUAAGAGAAGGCAAAAAUCUGAAUUUAAACAAUGCUCAUUAAAUUGAUCGUGGGCCCCUAAAUAUAAGAAGAAGAAGGAGUAAUUGUUGAUAAUGUUAUUCAUAUAUCUAAUAUAAGGAAAAUAGAAAUUCGGGGCCCCCGGUUGUGACCUUAAGGAAUAAGCUAUAAGGAAUAAGCCUUCAAAAUUUCAGACUUCUAUCUACAGGGAAAGUUAUAGAAUAUAGCUUAUAUAAAAAAAAUUAAUCGGGCCCACAGCCCCAGCGGUAUGGGUAUUAUGACAUCACUACCCUUCGGAUUUUUGCAUAUGGAUAAUCAAAUGGAUGUAUAUUAAGUUUGGUCAAGAUCCAUCGAUUCAUGUAGCAAGAUUUUUUAAUCAUUUUUUUUACAUAGAUUAUAUAAGAAAAAUUGGCAUUUUAGGCCCCCGCCCCAAACGAUAUAGGGUUCCGAAAUGAAAUCUGCUUAACUUUUGUAAGUAAACUGUAAGGGAUAAGCCUGCCAAAUUUCAGGCUUCUAUAUACACGGAAAUUUGGAGCAUAUAGCUUGUAAUAAAAAAUGAAAUGGGGCCCCCGGCCCCAAAGCUAUUGAUAUUAUAAGUUCCGUACCCUUCAAUAGUUUAAUAUGGAUAUUAAAGAGUAUCUGUAAUUAGUUUGGUCAAAAUCUAUCUAUUCAUGAAUGAGUAUUAAGGCUAUUGAUAUUCCUAUAGCCUAUAUAAGAAAAAAUAAAAUGGGGCCCCCAGUCCAAAAGGGAUUAAUAUCAUGAGUUCAGUAUCCUUCGGUGUUUGAAUAUGGAUAAUCAAGAGAAUGUGUACUCAGUUUGGUCGAGAUCCAUCUAUUCAUGUAGGAGUAUUUGUUGUUAAUUUUAUUUAUAUUGCUCAUAUAAAGAAAAAAAUUGAAUUCGGGGCCCCCAUUUGUGACCUUUCCGGGUAGAGUUUCGAAAUGAAAGCUGCUUAUCUUUGGUAAGUAAGCUGUAAGGAAUAAGCCGGCUGAAAUUAACGCUUUUAUCUACAAUGGAAGUUGGAUUAUAUAGCUAGUAUAAGAAAAAAUGAUAUUGGGCCCCCAGCUAUAGAGGUAUUGAUAUUAUGAGUUCAGUACACUUGGGUAUUUGACUAUGGCAAAUCAAGAGUAAGUUUACUAAGUUUAAUUAAGAUCCAUCUAUUUAUGUAGGAGUACUAAGCCUAGUAAUAUUUAUAUAGCUUAUAUAAGAGAAAAUGAAAUGGGCCCCCGGCCCACAGGGAUGUAUAUUAUGUGUUAAGUACCUUCGGUAUUUGAAUAUAGAUAAUCAAAUUUAUGUAUAUUAAGUUUGGUCGAGAUCCAUCGAUUCAUGUAGCAGUAUUUGUUGAUCAUUUUAUUUAUAUAGCUCAAAAUAGAAAUAAUGGACAUUUUGGGCCCUGGCCUUAAACGGUAUAUAGUUUUGAAAUGAAACGUACUUAACUUUUGUAAGUAAGGUGUAAGGAAUAAGCCUGGCAAAUUUGAGGCUUCUAUAUACAGGGAAAGUUGGAGAAUUAGUGAUGAGUGUGAGGGAGGGCUUUGCAUUUUAUUAGUAUAGAUUAGGAAAAAAAACGAAUUCGGGGCCCCCAGUUGCGAACCGUUCCGGGUAGAGUUUCUAAAUGAAACCUGCUUAUCUUUUGUAAAUCAGCUGUAAGGAAUGCGCCUGCCCAAUUUCAACCUUCUAUCUACAGCGAAAGUUGGAGAAAAUAGCUCAAAUAAGAAAAAUGAAAUGGGGCCCCCGGCUAUAGAGUUAUGGAUAUUAUGAGUUCAUUACACUUGGGUAUUUGAAUAUGGAUAAUCAAGAGUAUGGGUACUAAGUUUGGUCAAAUCCAUCUAUUCAUGUAGGAGUACUAAGCCUAGUCAUAUUUAUAUAGCUCAAAUUAGAAAAAUGAAAUGGGCCCCCGGCCCCAGAGGGAUGGAUAUUAUGCUCUAAGUACUCUUCGGUAUUUGAAUAUGGCUAAUCAAGAGUAUGUGGAUUAAGUUUGGUCAAGAUCCAUCAAUUCAUGUAGAAGUAUUUGUUUAUCAUUUUAUUUAUAAAGCUCAUAUAGAAAACAAACGACAUUUUGGGCCCACGGCCCCAAACGGUAUAGAGUUUGGAAAUGAAACAUGUUUAACUUUUGUAAGUGAGCUGUAAGGAAUAAACAUGCCAAUAUUCAUGCUGCUAUCUACUUGGGACGUUUGAGAAUUAGCGAUGAGUGAUGAGUGAGUGAGGGCUUUGCCUUUUAUUAGUAUAGAUAUUAUGCAUUCUAAUAUUGCCUUUGCCGCGGGUUACGACACGCCGCCAUCCCGUCAUGGGGAUGGUAGGUUGUUGUUCCAUCUCAUCAUGGGGAUGGUAGGUUGUUGUUCCAUCUCAUCAUGGGGAUGGUAGGUUGUUGUUCUAAAUCGCCCAAGUCUCCUUUAACAAGAUGACAAUAUGAAUAUCAUGUACUUAUAAUUUUAAUUGUUGCUAAUGCUACCUUGUCCAUUACUUCAUUCAUUGAAAUGCUCACUUGGUGCUUACUCCGACAAUGAUCAGACUUAUAAAACUAUCCACAAAUUGGAUGUAUAUGUACAAGCUUUAUCCCCUUCCAUAAAUCUAUCUGAAUUCGUUGCUGUUGGAACGGGACUCAUCAGCUUAUGACUAUUCGCUUGGAUACUUAUCCAUUUUUGUGUCAUUUGCCUUUAGCCUCGUUUCUAUUACUGGACCGACUUACCUUGAAGCUGGAACUAGGGGAUUGAUUUACGUCCUACACCAAACUACCUGACACUACUAGAAGGACUCGAGAUCCAGGGUCUUUCACCACCAUGAUUUAUCGCUGGAGAGUAAUCUCCCCCAUCGCAAAGAUCCCACGGAAUCUACGACUGGGAACUCCGACUUCGCUACGCUUAGAAAAGCUCCGAAAACCGGAACAGGGACACGCUUCUGGAACAGAAGGACUCCCACACUGUGUGAUCCACCGAGAUCAUCACUGGAACUAUAAAGGCUAAUCUACCAAGAUUGAGCAUGGAACUUGAGCAAUAUAGCAUUAAUAAUGAUGAUACCGUCUGUAUGUUAGGGACACUUGCUUUGCAUUGAUAUACCUUUCUAAUUGGAUGAAAUCCAUUUGAUGUAUAUAUAUUAAGCACCAUGAGUGUAUAACGGAGGAAUUUGUAAAUAUUAUUAUUUAAUAAAUACUUAUAGUUAUUUUCUCCUUUAACAAAGACUUCGUUUCAGUCUAUACUAUAUGUAUAUAGAUAGGUUAUUAUGUCUGUGUCGUAAUUUGGUUUAAAUAACGAAUUCCUAGACGUGCCAAGAGGAGAUCUCAUACGAGAGAUACUCCUCACUAAUAUAUCAUAAGUCAGAUCACCACAGUAAGUAAUCGAGAAAAGUAUUUUUUUUUUAAUACUUCUUUUCAUCAUCAAAUGCUUACAAAGUCCUCGUUUAAGUCACAAAACUCUUUAGCUAAGCAAAAAAAAACACAAAAAAGGGUAUAUCUGACCUCACCCUCCAACCCGUUUACUCAACGAAGCAGACGCGAUCAACAACUAUAAUUUUAGCGACGGUGUCAAGCCACUUACGCCAACCCAGUAUAUUUUUCUGUUCGCUUUUAAUUUGAUAAGUUUUAAAUGGUUUUAGAAAUGUUGUUUGUUAGCUGUGGACAUACACAGUAAUUUAAUGUUUAAUCUGCAUCCAGGAAAAUUUAUCUUCGGGAGCCCAGAAUAUAACGUUAGAUCCACAAGUGUAACUACCACAAUAACCGCCGACUGUAAAUCCGGUGAUGUCUACGAAUGUAAGGCCACCGAUGACGCUGGCAAUGUAGAUUCAAAAACCGUUGAGGUAAAAGUCUCAUGUGAGUAUUUUUUCACGUCUUUAUUAAUAAAUAAAUUGUAUAUAUGUGUAUAUAUGUAAAUAUAAAUGUAUAUAUAUAUUCAUGUACACACAUAUUACAUGGUGAUUUCGAAGGUCCUACUUGUGCCUGGAAAGCUUUCCCGCACGUGAGACACAUGUUUCUUUGUGAGUCCGUUUUGGAUUUGAGUCGAUUUUGCUUUUCAUUGCCGUGCGCAUUCCUUAAGCGUGAGCAAUGUUGGCAUCGACAGUGAGUCUGCCACAUCGGCAUGCACGGGCAAUAGCAAGUGGCUUCCACUAAUUUAGGUAAAUGUCCAUGGAUUUGAGUGAAGAUUUUAGACAGUCGUUUAAGCGUUUUUUGCAGCCCACUCGCUGAAAGUUUUUUUUCCUGCAGAGUUCACCGAACGUUUGUCGUUUAGAAAGUUUGCUGUCAGGCAUUCUUGUGAAAUGCCCUGCUUGUCUGGCAUUCUUGUGAAAUGCCCUGCUUGUCUGGUAUUCUUGUGACAUGGCCUGCUUGUCUGGCAUUCUUGUGAAAUGCCCUGCUUGUCUGGCAUUCUUGUGACAUGCCCUGCUUGUCUGGCAUUCUUGUGAAAUGCCCUGCUUGUCUGGCAUUCUUGUGACAUGCCCUGCUUGUCUUGCAUUCUUGUGACAUGCCCUGCUUGUCUGGCAUUCUUGUGACAUGCCCUGCUUGUCUGGCAUUCUUGUGACAUGCCCUGCUUGUCUGGCAUUCUUCUGACAUGUCCUGCCUGUCUGACCUGUCCUUUUUGUAGGAGCGCGUAGAUGCUGAUACAAUGUAAGCCCUCUGUUUCAUGGACUUUGACCCGCCAUCUUUUGCCAAGAAGUUUACAUAGGCAGCGUAGAUGGAUAUUGGUUCAGCAGUCCAACAUUUCUGUACACUGUUCACUCUCGCUAGCAUAUAUGGGUGAUAUUAAUACGAUUGCCCUAAAUACUUCGCUUUCCACAUACUCCUACAGAGCCCUCGAAAUGAACAAUUUACCUUUGAUAUUCUGUUUUAAUCUAAUCAUCUGUUGUUACUGACCUUGACAGGAUGCAGCCUAGAUAUGGGCAUUUUUUAGACUCCUUGGAGAUUCUAUCCUUUCACUGAUACUUUAGGGUCUUUGUAAGCUUUACCAGGAGCUGGCUGAUGCGAGAUCGCUACUUUUUGCUUAUUGACGGUGAGGCCGUAGUUGUCGCAAGCCUUUGCAAAGAGAUCAAGUAUUUGCUACGUUCUCAGUUCUGAGCUUGCGUCUAGGGCACAGUCAUCAACAAACAGGAGGUCUCUGAUUACCGGUCAAGAGUUUCGUGCUCAGAACCGCUUCUGCAGUUUGUUUGUCAGGUCACCGUACCAUCGUGACCUUACCCUGGUCACCGUACCAUCGUGAUAUCACCCUGGUCGACGUACCAUCGUGAUAUCACCCUGGUCACCGUACCAUCGUGACAUCAACCUGGUCACCAUACGAUCGUGACAUCACCCAGGUCACCGUACCAUCGUGACAUCACCCUGGUCACCGUACCAACGUGACAUCACCCUGAUCAUGAUACCAACAUGGAGCUGACGUACUUUUGUAAUGAACCUACUCGGGAAGCCACACUUCUCCACUACCUUCCACAGGACAUCUCUACUGACCAUGUCAAAUGCCUUGGUCUGAUUAACAAGGGGGAUAACCAGGUCUCUAUGUUGGUCUUGACAUUUUUCUGGAGCAUGUAUUCUAUGCUGAUUUUAAUAAUUAUUGUAUUAUAUAUGUGAAACGAUUUAAUAAACCAUUUAUGAUUUCAUUAUUCUAUGACGCUCUCCCCUUUAAAUAGUAGAGGACAACGUCGACGAAAAUAACUAUGUAAGUGAUAAUAGAUCAAAAUGCCUCCCCCCUCCCCGACCCCAGUUAUAAUGGCUAAGUGCCGGACCGCCCUCGAGCGCGGGGUCUUAGGCAGUCGCCUACCACCAAUGACCUUGGUGAAGGUGAAGGUUGUUCAGUUUUUCUCUUUGACUCUCCUGACAGGUUCAAACGGCGGGUCUGGAGGUGGAAGCGGUCGUGCUGGUCACAAUGGAGUGGAGGUUCUCAAAGCGGGGCCAUUCACCCUUUCUUCACUCCUGAUUGUGAUGAGCCUGCGCAGAUUCCUCUUUCAAUAAAGAAAUAAAUGAGACGCCAGAACUGGAAUAUUUGUGACUCUUAUAUCUCUGUCACAAUAGUUUUGCACAUACAUUUAUACACACUCCCUUACAUAUUCACAUUGGUUCUUAGCAGACGCAGAGUGUUAAAAUAUUCUUACAUAAUAUGUUAAGUGCCUACUAACUUUAUAAUAGAAUUUAGAAAAAUCUAUGCAUAAAAAUAUUAAUUUGUAUCUUUAUAUAUAUUGGAUAUGCUUCCAACGCCAUGGAUGUAACAUAUAUCUCAACACAUAUUUCAAUAUACAUGUUAACAUAUAUUUCCAGAUACAUUUCAAAAUAUCUAUUUCCACGUAUAUUUUAAGAUUGUUUUUGGCUGGAACUGAACUCUAGAUCACCAACCUGAGGUUUGCUCAGUUUAGAACAUUUGGCCAACCGGAGGCAAGAUUGCCACCGAGAAAAAUGCCUUGUAUUUCCAUGACACGCAUUCAUCUGACAUAGGACGGCCAUUUCAAGUGCUAGGGAAAUGUUUUGUGCCAAUAAAGAUUUAUGGAGAUGUCGACGAUUAUGAUGUACCAAAAAAAAAAAAAAAGGGGGGGGGGGUGGUGGGAAGACUUUGAAACACAAAUGGGUCGAUAUUCACUGUGAAAUUUUAACAACUUAAUACUGAUCGCUGACCUGCAGUCCUCGUGCGGUAUUUCCAUUCAUUACAAUUUUUAAAGUUAAUUUGACAUUUAUACCAUGAAUUGGUUCGUUUCUUGGGUCAAUUUUCCAUUGGGCACACGAAAACAAUGUGCUGUCAGAGAGACGGUAGUACUCUUUGGAUAUCAACAGAGCGCAAAGUGAACACUUGACAGAUAUAAAUGAUUUAACUGAAUAGAGAUAUCUAAAGUAUCUGGAAAGAAAAAAAAAACCUUUAAUUUUCAAAUUGUGGAUGAAUGCAUCCUUUCACUUCCUGUGAUCGUUUGAUCAUUUUAGCUUUUUACAAAUCAUAUAGCAGUCUCUUUUCAUUCAGUCAAUUGUAAACUCUUUUUAGGUCAUACAUUUCUUUUCAUGAUCCUGGGUUUCAGCCUUCGUCAAAUGCUGAGAUUUAUUUGAUAGAAUUGAUCAAAUCUGUCUUUGAUUUCGUUAUGCAGACGAAUUAGUAAAUGUAAUAUGUAUAUCAAUAUAAAGGACAAAGGGCGUGAAAAAAAAUGUUUUUAAAAAAAUAAAGGUUAAAAAAAUUAAAUUUCAAAAAAAAAUUUGAAUUGGUCUAAAAUGAAAUGGAAAAAAAAUUAUUUGAAAUAAAAUGUAUAUCUAUUUUUUUUUAAUCUAAAAAUUCAGCCCGGGUUUGAGUCCACCCUCCAACCCCAAUUUUGUCAUCAUUUAUUUUAGCCGAUGUAUUAUGGCAACCUUUCGGUAAAUUCAAGACAGUUCAAGACAUUUUACAACAAAAUGGAAUUAAAAUGUUUUUCUUCUUCUAUUGUUGUGUUUUUAAGUGCAUGGAUUUAAAAUAAUAAAUCUGGACGCAUAAAAGUACAAGAGAGAAACAACAUACUCUGUGUAAUGUUGGGAGUUGGAAGGCCGGUCACGUGGGUGUAGGAAGGAGGAUUCAAGAGUUGAAUGAAAGUUUAAUGGGACUACGUAGCACAACACGAGUGCCUUGGACCCGUGGCCAACGUUGGUCGGAUACGCCCCUAAACCAGUGCUUAGGCCCUGUUGCCACCUUUGAGUAGGAUACGCCCCUUAACGAGUGCCUAGGGCCUGAGGCAACCUUUUGGUAGGAUGUACCCCCAACACACACGGAGUUCCACCGAAACAAAAAAAUCCUUUUUUUUAAGGAAACUGGUUUUGAAAACGAACAACAAAAAAAAAAAAAAUCAUUUGAGUCAGUUUCAAAAUCCAGUUCUUGCCUAACUUAAGUUACAGAACAAUCAUAAUCUGAAAUCAACCUUUUCCUCCAUUCUCCAACACUGGCGGCAAUCCCUAACGCAUUGUUAGACAGACACGAGAACCUUCUACUAAUCCUUUGAUUAAGGCUCACAACCACUAACAAAGUAAAUUUUUAAAAAAAAAUUUUUUAAAACAGUCGAACCUCUAAUAAUGAUGUAGAAUUUUGCAUAACAAGUAGAUAGAACUCCACAAAUAAACUUGGGAAUAAUCACAUGUAGUAAAAUUUGAAAAAAAAGAAAUUUUAAAAACAUGUCGACAUUCGGAACAAAACUCAAAAGUGAAUAGCUUUCAGGUAUAUUCUUAAAAUAAUUAACCUUCUCUCCCCCCCACCC